AGCGCUAUGAUACCGCUCAUAUUAGCGGCGUGCGUUGUUAUUGUUUACUGUCUCUACUCGUUCAGCACACGCGGAUAUGACUACUGGCAGAAAAAAGGAGUGCAACAUGAAAAACCACUACCAUUUAUCGGAACCACAGGAAGAAUCUUUGCCCAGAAGAUGAGCAUGACCGAAUACUUCACGGAGUUGUACCGAAAAUAUCCAAAGGAGAAACUGGUUGGAUAUUACUUUUCGCGUGAAAAAGCUGUAGUGUUAAGAGAUCCGGAGCUUGUGAAGCGUGUUUUGAUUACGGAUUUCCAAUAUUUUUAUCGUCGUGGAAUCAAUUAUCACAAGGACGUCAUAGAGCCGAUGUUCAAGAACUUGUUUUUCGCGGACGGAGAUCUGUGGAAGUUGCUGCGGCAGAGGAUGACGCCCGCCUUCACGUCCGGCAAGCUGAAGGCGAUGUUCCCUCUGAUCGUGGAGAGGAGUGAGCGGCUGCAGCGCACCGCAGCCGCCGCCGCGGAGCACGGCGCGGAGGUGGACGUGCGCGACCUCAUGGCGCGCUACACCACCGACUUCAUCGGCGCCUGCGGCUUCGGCAUCGACGCUAACUCGAUCGACUAUGAGGACGCUCCAUUCCGAAAGCUGGGCAAACGUAUAUUCACGCCUUCUCUCAGAGAUAUCAUGGUUACUGUUGCAAAGUGGUUGGCACCGGAUUUGUUCACGCAUUUAAGAACUGUUGCUCCAGAAGUAGAACGGGGCACAUUGAGUUUAGUGAGAGGUAUCAUGGAGCAAAGAAACUAUCAACCUUCAGGCAGAAACGAUUUCAUAGAUCUUUUGCUAGAGUUGAAACAGAAAGGAAAAAUUGUUGGUGAAUCGAUAGAACACAGGAAUUCGGAUGGCACACAGAAGAUCGCAGAGCUAGAAAUGGACAACUUGCUGAUGGCGGCACAGGUAUUCGUGUUCUUCGCGGCGGGGUUCGAGACGUCCUCGUCGGCGACCAGCUACACGCUGCACCAGCUCGCAAUGCACCCUGAACAGCAGACCAAGUGCCAGCAGGAGAUCGACGAAGUACUUACCAGAUACGACGGGAAACUGUGCUACGAUGCCGUGAACGAAAUGAAAUAUUUGAAAAUGUGUUUCUAUGAAAGCAUGCGUCUGUUCCCAUCACUGGGUUUCCUGAUCCGAAAAUGCGCGAAGCCCUACACGUUCCCAGGAACUGGCGUGGGCAUAGACGAGGGUAUAGCCGUGAUCAUCCCAGUCCAGGGUCUGCAAACUGAUGAGCAGUACUUCGAGGAACCGGAGGAGUUCCGACCGGAGAGAUUCCAUCCGGACAACCGUGUACAAAAUCACGUGUAUCUGCCAUUUGGAGAAGGUCCUCGAGCAUGCAUUGGAGAGCGUUUAGGCCUGAUGCAGUCGCUGGCGGGGCUAGCGGCGUUGCUGCGCCAGUGCUCAGUGGCGCCAUCUACCAGCACCAAGCGGAACCCGCCCAAGGACCCUACGGGACACGUCGUGCAGAGCCUUAAGGGAGGUGUGCCGUUGCUUUUGAGGGAGAGGAAAAUAUACGUGUGAAGGCUGA